AUGUUGCCUUACGAAACCAUUCAAGAAGCUGGGAUAUCUCUCGGAAGAAACCUAACUUUUGCAGAGACAGUAUGGUUCACAUACUCAGCUCGAAAGUCCGAUUACAUCCUCUACUGUCACAAUACUUUGUUCUUGUUCUUAUUCUAUUCUUUGAUCCCUUUACCUUACAUGUUCAUCGAGCUUAUACGGUCCAAGAACACAGAGAAAUUCAAGAUCCAACCCAAAUUCAAGAACUCAUUCUCAGACAUGUUUAAAUGCUACAGAAAAGUCAUGGUCACGUUUGUUUUUGUUGUUGGGCCUCUGCAACUCUUCUCCUUCCCCAUCAUUGAGAGAGUUGGGAUAAGAACAGGACUGCCAUUGCCGUCUGGGUCAGAGAUGUUUUGGCAGUUGCUGGUCUACUUUGUGGUAGAGGACUAUGCAAAUUACUGGCUCCAUAGAUUGCUACACUCUAAAUGGGGCUAUGAGAAGAUCCAUAGAGUCCAUCAUGAAUACACAGCUCCCAUUGGAUUUGCGGCACCUUAUGCACAUUGGGCAGAGAUUUUGGUUCUUGGGUUUGCUUCAUUUCUUGGUCCAUUGAUGGUUCCUGGCCACAUGAUCACAUUCUGGUUGUGGAUGAUUCUCAGGCAGUUUGAGGCCAUUGAAACUCAUAGUGGAUAUGACUUCCCUUGGAGUCCUGCAAAAUACAUUCCUUUCUAUGGUGGCUCAAUAUACCAUGAUUAUCACCACUAUGUUGGAGGAAAGAGUCAGAGCAACUUUGCCUCAGUUUUCACUUACUGUGAUUAUAUCUAUGGAACCAAUAAGGGAUACCGCUACCAGAAGGAAGUAUUUGAUAAGACAAGAGAGAAAUUCAGAAGUGAAGGUGGACAAAAUGCAGAAAGUUACCUAUUCUCCAUGCAAGCUCUCAAAUCUGAGUAGUUACAAACAUUGAAAGCCUCAUUGAUCAAAGCAUUGGCCAUGAUGUAUGUUUCUCUACAUAUAUAGUUCAGAUCUCUUAAUCAUUUUUUGAUGUAAAACUUUGUUUUCUCAAGCAACUGUAUUGAUUUGUGC